AUGACGGGUGGAGGCGUUGCACCAGCAAUACCUGUUGAUCCAGUCAUGAAUUUUAUGGAUGAUGCAACUCCAAAUUUAGAUAUCGAAGUUCCAUGUCCAUUUGAUAGUAUAACUCAGAUGGAAAAAGAAUAUCAUGUAAACUCAAACAGGCAAUUUAUAGUGCAUAGUGACGACAAGACUGAGAAAGAGGCAAUAUUAGCUACAAUUGAUAUGGAAAAUGAUUCUUUAAAAAUAGAUUCAAAUAAGGAAAAUUCUACAAGUUUUAUAAGUCAAUAUGCAAUGUUAGCAACAUUGAUACAAGUAAAACCAUAAAAAGGAAACAAGCACCAGCAUUAAAAGUUGAAAAAGAUUUUCACAAUAUAAACGAUGAAAAACAAUUGAGACUGAUCAAGCUUCGUGAUGCAAUUGCACAACAGCGGAAACUUCAUGCGAAGGAAAUGGAAGUUGCCGAUGUGGAAGUCAAAAUUGCAUUGCUCAAGCUUCUAAUGGUUGAAGAAAAUGCAAAACAACAGUCUGAUAUUCCACUAUAAUUUAACAUACAUAUUUAUCGAUAGUACUUGCUGUGAAUAUAUAUAAUAAGAUUGUGCGCGUAUUCUAUUUAAUUAUAGUAUACAUAUAUAUUUAUUUUAUGUAUUGUAUGUAGCUGGUAUGAAUUUGUUAUA